CCUCUUGUUUAUGUGUGGGAAAAGCGACGGGAGGUGUGAGGACUAUUCCGUGGCUAACGAUAGCAAAGUACACAGACAGGGAAAAUAAUCAUUUUUUGUCUCCUUUGAUAUUCUGGAGGUCUAAAAAGCUGCAGAAGGACAUAAUUUUUGCUACCCUCCUCGUUUUCCGCUAUAUUCCCACCCAGGAGGGCACCGAGAACGAGAGACUCCCGCUAAUCUCGCGAAGAGGGGAGCGGCCUUGCUCUUUUAGCCGGCUUCCCGGCGCAGCUCUGACGGCUAGCACUGUCACCAGAGCCCGGUGCUUCCGCUGGCUUAUUCUGCUUCGCACGAAUAGAACCGCGGCGGCUUUGACAGUAUUUUCGUUUCAGACGCCCCCAGCUGCUCGUCCGCACGUUAUCCCCCCUGUCGAGGCGCGGCUGUCGGCUUUUCUCGCCGAGGAGGAGCUUUUGAAGCCGGGGCGGCCUGUUUUGUUUUCGAGCCGCCAUGAAUCUCUGUGAACAAUAACACAACCGUAACGAGCCUGCUGGGGCUGCACCGAGGAGGGAAAUAGGAGCCGCUGACACCCCGGUGUGGGGUAGUUGAUGCACUGUGUGACACGAGCUCAACCCGGGACAGGCAUGCAUGUGGACUAUUGGGAUAUCACAGGAGUACUAUUGCAAACCGGACCACUUUUUCACGAAGUAGCCUGGUUGAAUCUUGGAGCUGCUAGCUAGUUAGCCAGUUAGCUGGCCAGCUGUGAGUGUGAGAAGCGUUAAAAAGGCCACUGGCGAAGGAAGGAGCACCUCACGAUGCUUUUGUCUUAAUUUAUCUGACGGAUGGGAAGGAAACGAGCCGAACCGGUGUGCAUGAAGAGGCAUUUCGAUGCAAAAAAAUCUCCGAUCGGAGGCUGCGGUGCUUUCUUUGCUGGGACAUCGCGUUGAAGAUGGAUUGGAUGUGACCGGGGGAUGAGUAAACCUGGAUCUUUGCUCUACAUGUGGAGUUUAUCUAGCGACCAGGACCGGGAAGCGAAGCCGUGACAUCCACCUAUAUGCCCCCUUCAAAGCCCCCACCGGACUCCCUUGAUAAAAACAGUAAUUUUACCUCACGGGAAACGGGAGCUGCGGGUAGUUUGUUUGUGCUCUUGUGUGACUUUGGUGUGUUUUUAUUAACGUAUUAAUACAUCUGGAGCCCCGGGCCCAGGCAGCUGAGAUGAACCCGGUGAAUGCGACCUCUCUCUUCGUGUCCGCGAGCCGGUCGGUGCUGCAGUGCGACCCCCGAGACCCCCGGGCCCUUGCGGAGCUCUGCAAGCUGCUGCCGUUUUUCCGCCAGUCCCUGUCCUGCUUGGUUUGCGGUAACCUGCUGCAGGACCCCAUCGCUCCCACCAACUCGUCAUGUCAGCAUUACGUCUGUCGAGCCUGUAAGGGUCAGAGGAUGCAGCUGAAGCCGUCCUGCAGCUGGUGCAAGGACUAUUCCCGCUUUGAGGAAAACCGGCAGCUCUCUUUGCUCGUCCACUGUUACAGAAAGCUAUGUCUCUACAUCACGCAGUCGCCGCUUGCCCCGCACAUAGCCAGCGCCGCCAGUGACUCGCCUGACCUCCAGGCUAUCCUCAACGAGGGCCUCACAUUGGCGGAGAGUGAGCCAGAAGGGGAGGAUGUUUCGGACUCUGUUAAGCUGUCACAGACGGCGUCCACCUCUGAGGUGGGUCAGCCUGAUGGAGCUUCGGCUGCAAAGGAGCUCAAGGCAGAAGAGCUGAGCCCCGUGGGUGUUAACGGACUGUAUGACUGUAACGGGUUGGUCAGUUCAGACAGACUGCAGCCCAUUACCAUAGAAACCGGUGGAGGUGUUGCAAAGCAGGAGAGCUUCUCAGAGGAGAUCCCGGUGUGCGUGAGCAUCACAGGCACUUCAGAGGCGGGGCUCUGUGACAUCAGCAGUUUCGGGGAUGACCUGAAACACGGUGGGGGGCCACUGUUGUUGAGUGUAGAGGAGGUGCUCAGGACUCUGGAGACAGACUCUGACCCUGACCACUCACCUGAGCCCAACCCCCAGCCAGACUGCCACCCCUCUGUACGUCAGUCCACCCUCAAUGGGCCUCACUGCCCAUCGGGCACUGAUUCCUCCCGCCUCAUCGCCUCCCUCCCCUCAGAGAACAGCUCCCGUCCCCUCCAACCUCACCAGCAGCCCUCACUGCAGCCCCCUCCUCUCCCCGCUACAGUCAUCCCCCGUAUACCCCUUCGCUGCCACCGUAAACGCUCCCGCUCAGAGAGCGACAGUGAAAAGGUGCAGCCCCUCCCUAUUUCCAGCCUCCUACAAAGGGCCCCCAUUGGUGCCAACAGUUCCCCCCACCACCCCAACCCUGGUGCCACCACCAAACAGGAGCCUAAGUUCCCUGCAGCCACGCCUCACCCCCACCUAGCCCCGGUGCCUAAUGGUAGCACCCCUAAGGUGGGUAAGACUGUACUUGUCACCAACAAGGCUCUGAAAAAGACAGUGGAGCACCACGGGGCUGCCAAGAAGGCAUACAACAAGGCCAGGCAAGGUGCCCCCAAACCCCGCACGCAGCCCCGUGAUAGAGUACCCCCUCACCCCCACGCUCACCCGCUCACACACCCACCCAGCCCCUCAAAGCCACUGUACAAGAAGCCUGUGGAGAAGAAGGGCUGCAAGUGUGGCCGAGCUACCCAGAACCCCUCAGUGUUGACCUGUAGGGGGCAGCGCUGCCCCUGCUACUCAAACCGCAAGGCUUGUCUGGACUGUAUCUGCCGCGGCUGCCAGAACUCCUACAUGGCCAAUGGUGAGAAGAAGCUGGAGGCAUUCGCCGUGCCAGAAAAGGCUCUGGAACAGACCCGCCUCACACUGGGCAUCAACCUCACCAGUAUCACUGCAGCGGCCCUCCGCAGCCCGGCCACAAGCUCCCCGGGCAACACCCUCCUCAACGUCACCACAGCCACGGGGGCGCCCGUCACGGCUGCCUUCCUGUCUGGGGCGGGGCAUGACAACCGGGGCUACGACGAUUCCCUGGAGAUGCGGUUUGACUGUUGAGGUCCGGCGCCCUCCUGCGCUCAGUCGUCACGCACAUUCCCCCGCCACCACCCCGCCCUGCCCUGCCCUGCUGGGCGUCGUCACCCAUUACUCGGUGCAGCGGCGGAGCCAGAACAAAGGCAGCUACAGUGACAGGCAGCAGCGAGGGUCACCAGCCGAAGCUGAGGAGGCACCCUUCGUCCAAACGCCCGAAACUGCACCAUGCUUGUGGUUGUGCAUACAGAGAAGAGAAGACGAAAGAGGAGAUGUAGCGUUACUGUAUGUGCAGAUUACAUUUCAGUGGGGAUAGAGGCUUUUUUUGGUUUUGUUUUGUUUUCUUCUCUACUAUGGGUAAUAUGUAGAGCAUGUUGUGUAGCUAAGUCGGGCGUGCUGACCACAGUCACACACCUCUCAGCGUGUGUGUCUGUCUGUGUGCGUGUGUGUGUGUGUGUGUGUGUGAGCGCAUGUGAAUGUGUAUGUAUGAGGGUUUUGUUUGGAGAUGAACCUUACUAGCAGGAAUGGAGACAUCAUCACCACCACCUUCAUCAGAGACUGGUGUAAUUUAUAUAUAAGAGAGAAGUUUUUGUACGUGGACUUAUCGGUUUCCAUUUAAGAAGACGUUUUAUGAUAUAUUUUAUAAGUUACUUUGAAAGCAACGGAAGCCGCUGCAAAGUAGGGAAAUGUCUGCAUUCAACCAGAAUGUUUUCACACUGGUUAAAAAAAAAAAAAGAAAAGUAGAUUUUGUAAACCACCAGAAAUAAAAGCUCUUAUUCGAAAGGAAUAAAAUGAUUAAAACCACCAGCCGAGUUUUGAUUAUAUCUGUUGAAUGUUUAAAGAUGUUGAA